AUGGACUAUAAAAAUCGUGAGCACCAGAAAUCGCCAUUUUCCAAAGCAACUUGUACCCCGUGCGGCUCGCCCAUCCCGCCUCUUCAUCCCUACCGACUUGUCAACACCACCAGCGUCGAGAAGAUGCAGAGCUUCUCGAGCCUCUCGCUACUGAGCGCUUCUACGGCCUACGACAUGAACGAGAACCCGUUCGAGGAUGCGCUGCCGGAGAGCGGCGUCGAAACGGCCGUCGAGGUUCCCCUGCCAGCGAUCACCGUCGGGAUGUCCUUUGAUGAUGCUGAGGUCAAACCCACCCCGCUGCCGGCUCCACAGUGCGGCUACUCGUUCCCGUUCAGAGACGUCGAGUUUAUCGUCAAAACGGCUUCAUAUCAGACUCUGCGUCGCGUCGAGGUGCGCGUCACGACGAAACAGCCGAUGGAGGUGGCCUACGUGGCUCAAGUCCGCAUCCGCACCGGCAACGGUGGCGUCCCGUCGACGAAAGUCGUGGACAAGGACGUUUUUCACUUUGCUCCCCUCUUCCACCCGCUGCUCGUCAACAUUGUCGACCAUCGCGUGCUCCACGUCCACUUUGAGCUGCGCUUCAUCAACCUGCUCGAGCGCCCUCAUCCGAAGUACAACGAGGGGGACGUCACGCUCGUAUUUCCGGACGGCUCGAGGGCCGACUUUGCCAGCCUCCUCGACUUCAUCUACCCCACCCGCAUGCCCAUCUACAAGGAGUUCAAAGGUCUCGUCCGCGCCGCCAACGCCUUCCAAGUGGAGACGGUGCUGUACGCCUGCUCACGCCAUUUUGUCGACCACCCGGAUUGGAGCAUCGAGAAGAAGAUACCGGAAGCGAUCCGCAUCGAGCUGCUGCCCGCCCUCGAGGAGCUCGUCUACAGGGCCUACCAAUCUGGCCUGUGGUCAUCGAUGAUCUCUGCCGGCCUCCAACCGGAAGCGUACUGCGGUGUCGAGCCAUAUGAGAACGUCGUGUGCCCCACCAUCCUCAAGGCCAAGUCGAUGGUGUACGGCGAGACCCUCCUCCGCUCCCCUUGGCGCCAACCCCAAUUUUUGACGACCCCCAAAACUGACCUCUGGAUGUACUAUCGGAUUCUGGUAAUGGGCACCCCAUUCUACGUAAACCGCGGCGUGCUCAAGAUCUACGGCACCGACGGCUUCAUCGUCGGCCAAACACCCGCCUACCUCGUCGCCCACUGCACCAGCGACUUCAUCGACGCGUGCAAGGCGGCCGAUGCUACGCCGGGAGAGGUCGUCACCUCCCUCUUCACCUGGCUGCACCCCCUCGCCCCGUCGGUCCCAUCUCGUCUCCUCCGCCCCGCUCUCCUCUUCGCCCACCACCAUCGUAUGCAGAUUGUCGUCGAGGAGUUGGAGCAGCUGCUAAUCCUGGAACCCCCGGAGACCGUCGAGCGCCUGCUGCAGAACUUUGUUCUCGCCGAGGCUCUCCACCUCGACAACCUCCUGCGCACCAACCUGCAGCGCAUUGACGGCAGUUGCCAGGUGAUGGCCAACGAGGUGGUGGCGCAUCCGCGUUUCGCCAAGCUGUCUCCCGGGCUGCGCCGUCAGAUCGUCGACCGCAUCUGCUCGGGAUGGGGCAUCUACAACUACAGCCUCGUCAAGAAGCAGCCCACCCGCCAUUGUGUCCGCCACGUUAGCCUCGAGGGUGGAGGGCCACCGCUUGAUGAAGGUGCCGGCUUGGAGACGUUCCACUCGCUGCUGUCCCACUCGAUCUUUGGCCCUCGCCACGAGAUGUCGACGGUUCGAGGCCCGGCAGCUGCCGUC